GGAGAACAUCGUGGCCAACACGCUGCUGCUGAAGGCGCGCCAAGGAGGAUAUGGCAAAAAAACUGGUCGCAGCAAAAAAUGGAGGGAGUUACUGAAGCUGCCCCCUGUAAGCCAGUGCAGUGAGCUGAGAGAUUCCAUUGACAGAGUAUGAAGUUGCCAUUGAGGAGGAACGAAGAGACUGUGGACUAUCAAUCUUAGAGAGAUUCUUCAAUAAUGAGGGGCUGGGGAUUGAACCCAGGUUCUCACGCUGAUGAGAAGAAAGAAGCCCUUUUACCAGAAAUACCUCCAGAUAUUGUGAGGCACUGUAGAUGGAGUCUGAAACAGAACCCCUCCAAAGAUGUCUUUGAGGAAUGCACUAGAGUUGUCCAUAACUAUUUGAGUAAAGAUCCAUUUGAAGAAUAUCAAGAAAGCCCUUAUUUUUCCCAAUUUCUGCAAUGGAAGUGGUUAGAAAGGCAACCAGUAACUAAGAAGACAUUUAGACAUUACAGAGUUCUAGGAAAAGGUGGAUUUGGAGAGGUUUGUGCCUGUCAAGUACGAGCUACAGGAAAAAUGUAUGCCUGCAAAAAGCUAGAAAAAAAAAGAAUAAAAAAGAGGAAAGAUGAAGCUAUGGCUCUGAAUGAAAAAAGAAUCCUAGAAAAAGUGCACAGUCGAUUUGUAGUUGGUUUAGCCUACACUUAUGAAACCAGAGAUACCUUGUGUUUGGUGCUAACCAUCAUGAAUGGAGGGGAUCUGAAAUUCCACAUUUACAACCUGGGAAGUCCUGGCUUUGAUGAGCAAAGAGCUGUUUUCUAUGCUGCAGAGGUGUGCUGUGGCUUGGAAGAUUUACAGAAGGAAAGAAUUGUGUACAGAGACCUAAAGCCAGAGAACAUCCUCCUGGAUGACCAUGGACACAUCCGGAUUUCAGAUCUUGGUUUAGCCUUGCAGAUCCCAGAAGGGGAGAUGGUUCGAGGAAGAGUUGGAACUGUUGGCUACAUGGCUCCGGAAGUUAUCAAUAACGAAAAGUACACAUUUAGUCCUGAUUGGUGGGGACUUGGCUGUCUGAUAUAUGAAAUGAUUCAGGGACAUUCUCCAUUCAGAAAAUUCAAAGAGAAAGUCAAACGGGAAGAGGUUGACCGAAGAGUGAAGAGGGAUCCUGAACAGUACUCCGCCAAGUUUUCCGAGGACACCAAAUCCAUUUGCAGGAUGCUACUCACCAAGAAUCCAAGUGAGCGGCUGGGCUGCAGGGGCGAGGGGGCUGCAGGAGUGAAGCAGCACCCGGUGUUCAAGAACAUCAGCUUCAGCAGGCUGGAGGCAAACAUGUUGGACCCGCCUUUCUGCCCUGAUCCUCAUGCCAUUUAUUGUAAGGAUGUCGUGGAUAUUGGGCGGUUCUCUGCAGUGAAAGGAGUCUACCUGGACACCACAGAUGACAGCUUCUACGCUCAAUUUGUUACUGGGUGUGUCUCCAUCCCCUGGCAGACUGAGAUUAUCGAAUCUGGAUGCUUUAGGGAUAUCAACGAAAGUGAAAAUGAGGGAAGUUUGUCAUUGGAUCUGAAAGCAAAGGAAUGUCCUCCAGCUCUCAGACGAAAAAGAAAUUUCUUCUAUAGAGUCUUCCGUGGAGGGCUAGAUUGAAGAAAAAAAUAGAGCACCUCCAAGGUACCCAGAAACUCUCUGGUGCUUUGGUCAAGCUCCACAGGUGCCACAGAGAAGGGAGGAGGGCUUCGAGUCUAUGACAGUCCACCCUGUCAGCAGUGCCCUGCUCCUAAUCCCAGGAUACCAAAGUACCAAAGUACUCCACAACGGACGCCGUGGUUCAAGAAGAGAGGGAAGCAGGGGAGGCUGUGGGUGUUACAGAGCCCUGGCUCAAUACAUCCCCUUUGUCUCUCCAUGGCCCUGUGUCCACCUUCCUGAUGUCCAUGUCUCUGUGGCUGAGCAUGUCUGCUGCCCUCUGAAGAAGGGUGGUUUUCCAUGGUCAGGGCUUAGCAGGCAGAGGCUCCUGGAGUAGCAUGCGAGAGUGAUUUUUUUGUUGUUGUUGUUACCAGGGACUGAACCUAGGGAUGCUUAACCACUAAGCCAUAUCCCCAGCCCUUUUUAAAAUAUUUUUUUGUUUAGAGACAGGGUCUCACUGAGUUGCUUAGGGCCUCGCUAAGUUGCUGAGGUUGACUUUGGACUUGAGAUCCUACUGCCUCAGCCUCCUGAGCCACUGGGAUUACAGUUGUGUGCCACUGCACCAGGCAUGAGGGUGAUUUACCACAGAGUGCUGUGGCUUGCUGGGACUGUGCUUCUGGCCUGUGUUGGCCUUGAGUUGUUGGAGUUCAUGUCAGACGGCAACUCCAGAGGCUAAGGGCACUGCUAUGGUUUGAAUAAGUGUACCCCAGGGCCCGUGCUGAGGGCUCAGUGGUCACCAGGGUGCACCUUGGGAGGUGGUGGGACAUUUGGGAGGUGGGGCCUAGUGAGAGGUGUGCCCUUGAAGAAGAUUGUGGGAGCCCAGUCUCUUUCCUCUUUUCUUUUUUGCUUCCUGGUUUGUGAUGUAAAUGGUUUUACUUUGCCACUUGCUGCCUCACCACAGGCCCAGAGCCAUGAGCCCAACCAGUCAUGAUCCAACCAGACUGAAACCUUCAAAACUGAGCCAAAACCAGUCUUUUCUCUACAUUAGUUGAUGAUCUCAGGCAUUCCAUUACAGUGCUGGAAAGCUAACCAGGCAGGUCUGUGAGAGGCCUAUGCUUGUGUCCUGGAUGAGUGUGCCAACAUUCCAGGUAUUUUUGGUUGGCACUCAGUUUAGGAACUUCCCACAGAGAUUAAGGGAUGCCAGAAUUUAAAAAUUGAUAACUCACAUUUAUAAUUUAUGGUGGAUCUUUUUUCAGUGAUGCUGGACACUGGGAACUUUGGUGGGAUGAAAAUAGAAUUAAAAUCAAGUCAUGGGAGUGCAUUUACAUAGGCAAAUUCUUUAUUUGGUUCUCCCCUGCGGAAGGGAGGCCUGGCUCCUGCAAGAAAAUGUCAGGCGGCUCUCUAGAGCAAUAAAAAAAGACAGUUUUAUUGUCUGUGGUGAAGUGGGGUUCAGGAAUGUCGUCCUGAAACGCUAAGUGAAAGUUGCCCUGGUGAGCACAGGGACCACACCUAUGAUCCCAGUGACAGGCUGAGACAGGAGGGUCACAAAUUUGAAGCCAGCUUAGCAACUCCGUGAAGUCCAAAGCCACUAAGACUUGGUCUCAAAAAUAAAAAGAGCUGGAGAUAUAGUUCAGUGUAAAGCAUUCCUGGGUUCAGUCCCCCACAAAAUUCAGUUCCCCGGCUCCACUGAUGCGUCUGGCCCUGUCCGAGGAUGCAUAAGUGAGGCACGUUGAGAACUAGGGUGGGACCUUCUCGUGGUUGUCAGACCAUAAGCCAAGGUCCAGGAGCUGUUUGCCCAUGGAGGGGCAGCAGCAGGACAUGUGUAGAGGGCACACAUACCAAGGAGGGCAGCAUUGCAUUUUUCAAGAGGAGGGCAUGUCUGAGUUGAGCAGGAAACCAGAGGGAGGAAGAGACAUCACUUAACCAGAGAGGGCUUUCAAGAUGGUCCAGAAUUCUCUGUGGAAUUUGGACUUUCUUUUCCACCCAGUCCAGCAGGGACUUCUGCAAAUCAGGAGCAUUCGACAAGGUCGAGGCUAGAGAGGGCCCAACGGGAGCCUCCAUCUUCUCUGCCUGUAGCUGAGAACUUCUGCUGUGUGAGAAGUCAAGGGACAGAUCUCUGUGACUUUGAAGCAGAGUGGUGACACCAUCAGAUAGUUGUGUGAGGAAGGAAUCCCGUGUGCUCAGGGCUAGAGCAGAGGCCGUUCAGGUUGCCUUCCUGGGAGCGGCACAGGCAGCUGCAUCGGAAGCAGAUAGCCCACCUGCUCGGCCACUGCCAAGUCGCCUGCACCCCCAGUGCUUUCUGCAGUCUAGUUUGUAUCUGGGUGUUUAUGAAAGUUGCUUUUCCACACGUCCUCAGCAGCCUCAAGCACAGUGGCAUUUAGGCCAGUGUUUUGUCUCUGUGAGGCUGGGAACCUUCUUUGUAUUGGGAUGAGGGGACAGGGAAGUUAAUUUGGGGAUCUGAGGCCUUCAGUAAUAGGAUGGAAAUGACUUUGUUUAUCUUCUGAUUGAGGCAAAAUAGCAUAAGAGAGCUGGGUGCCAUGGUGCGUGCCUGUAAUCCCAGCUACUUGGGAGGCUGAAGCAGGAGGAUUGCAAGUUUGAGACCUGUUUAAUGAAAUCCUCUCUCAAAAACUUUUUUUAAAAAAUAUUUUUCAUUGUUGAUGGACACAAGACCUUUAUUUCAUUUACUGAUUUUAUGUGAUGCCAAGAAUUAAAUCCAGUGCCUCACACGUGAUAUGCUUCAAGCACUCUACCACUGAGCUACAACCCCAGCCUUCAGAACUUUUUUAAGGUACUGGUCAUGUAGCUGACAGGUAGAGCGCUCUUGGGUCAGUCUCUAGUACACACACACAAACACACACACACAGCAUUAAGAUUGAGGUUUUCUGCAGGCUGGUUACAACCGCUGCCUCUGGCCCCCUCUCUUGUCCACCUUGCUGUCCUCAUCUGUAGGAUGAAGAUGGGAGUUCCUGCCUCAGGGGACACUGUGAGGAAAGCUGUGUCUGAAACAUUUAGCGGGGUGUUUGGUACAUGGCAACUGCUCAGUAAAUAUUGUUAAUAAUCACAGAAAGUAACACAUGCUUAUAAAAAAUAUAGGAAAGUAUAAGGAAAACAGAUCACCUUUGUGCUACCACCUGUUUACAGUCCAAGUCCAUCUGUCUAGGUGGUCCUCUGUUGGUGCAGGUGCACAGUGGUGAACUUACUUCCUGUAUGCACAGAAGCAAGUAAUCUUGGAACAGGAAAACAAGGAGCCUAAUAUGCUCUCUCGUGGGCGCCAAAUCUGCCGCGCGAAUAGCACGCUAGCUUCAUACUAGAGGUUCCAAACAUAGAAGUUAACUAGUGAGAUCAAAUUAAAGACACAUAAAACUCAAUUUACCUUUUUCUUGCCCAGUUAAGAGACGGCUUCUCCCCGCUCCUACCUCUAGCCACCUGAUGUGGUAGCGAGGUUUACACAAGAGACCAGCAGGAGAGAGGAAGAAGCACGCCAGAGAGUGGGCUUUUAUUGGGGAACAAAAAACUUGGGAAAAUUCUAUCCAGUGAAGGUCGAGGGGGACAGCAUUCCAAUCAGUGAUUGGUUUCCAGGUCAAUGGUCAGUCACACCCCCACACGGACAAGCCCUUGCACCCGGAAAGGGUGGGGAAGGCUCUGACACAGCUGGUCUGAGCGCCUCACACCCAGUCAGGCAGGUAGCUUAAUCAUGUGCGAGAACGGCUUCCCACACUAAGAUAGGAAAAAACAUUGUUUUCUUUCCAUAUUCAUGCUACUCUCAAGACAUUUUGACACCAAAUGUGUGGGGUUUUCCCCACAGGAACGAUUCUCCAGCACAAACUGGGUGACCUACAAUUCAAUUCAGUUCUGACACAGUCGGAUUAAGGUACUUUAGGAACACUAGGUAUCACUCUGGUUUGAACAUGAGACAUAAUAGGACCCCUUUAGAUCCAGGAUUGCUCUGAGGGCUCCAUGCCAGCCUCCCUAGGCCCUCUCCCACAGCAGGAGGAGGAUGUGGGAAGAUAGACCACCUGCACCUGUUUUCCCCAGAACCCCCUCUGAAGCCAGCCCUGAGCUCCUUCCAGGUGUCUCAUCUAGAUCUCAGCUUCCAAGGGCCAAGCAUAUCCAAAGGCUGGCCAACAGGUGGUGUUUGUGGGAAGAAAGGACACGGUUCCGAGAGGUAGGCUGCUGGGGUGUCUACUGGGGGAUGUGUGAGGUUCUUUUGCAAUGGAAGAGCUGCAGGUGGGAAGAGAAGGGAGGCAGGCGGUGAGUGGGUCUGGAACUCUUCCCAUGUCACCAUCUCUUGGUGUUGAUCUCUGAGUGUCCAAGAAUUUCCUGUCAAUCUGACCUUCCAGAUCAUUAUGAAAAUGUUACAUCAAGAUAGAAGCAAGGAGUGUUACCCCAAAAAACCUAAAUAAACCCUCUAGCUUCACUUUCUCUUAAUUGACUUAAAAAUCACUAAUUUUUCUGGUCACAUAGCUGGGCAACACUAUGUUAAUCUUUCACUUGCUUCACACAGUCACAAUGGUGGUGAUAGUAGCCUGGGUUAGUUUUCUGGGACUAAGGAAUGCUGAUCCUUGGCUUGGGCCCAAGAGUGGGUCUGUCUUCACAGGAAGUUUGUCCCUUCUGCAGCCUUAACCUUUGGGUUGAAAAACCAGCCUCUAUCUCAGAGCAAAGCCUGUCCAAGGAAGGGACAUGGCCUUUGUCCUUGGAAAAACCCACAGAGCACUCCUAAGCACAUUCCCACCCUGCUAAGUUGUUUAUCUACAAAUAACAGGAGAGAUCUACUGAGCCAGAUGUCCCUGACUCCGUCAGGAUAGGUGGGGACCCAUAGCAGCCCCCUAGCAGCCACCAAUCAGCAUGAGAAAGGGAAAUACCUGGGAUGCCAGAUGACCCUCCCAGUAGUUUAUGGUGGUUGAUAACAUGUUGGGAAACCAUGUAGUUCAGCACGUCCUCCCCUCUUGGCUUAAACCAAUCAGUUCAAAUGAAUACCCCUUUUGUACUGACCAAUCACCCCUACCCAACUUGUUCCCGCCAGUGAAUGCGCUAAUCAUGUUUUAGAGUUGUUAUUCGAUUUUCCUGCGGUGUGUGAUGAUUUGCUAAGAGAUGCUAUGAUGUAUGUGAAGUCCCUGCCCUCUCCAAAGAAUGUAUAAAACUGCUGCAAACCCUGGGCUCGGGGCCUCUCAGCGUCACCAGUUGCUGUGUGUGUGCGCGGAGGACCGAGCUAGCUCGCAAUAAACACCUCUUUGCUGCUUACAUCGAUCUUGGGUCUCUGGUGGUCUUUGGGGGUCCCGAAUUCGAGCAUAACAGGGUCAGACUCUAUUUGGCUUUGCACGUAGACAUAUUGAUCAUUUGAAAAUGGUUUGCCAAAACUAUAAUAUAGUUUUAUAGUCUCAUAGGGUUAACUUGACUUAGACUCGCCUCGCGUCUUUCUCUCCCUACCUUAAAGCUACAGGUACCUACCAGCCACCAUGCCUGAAACACCAGACCGUAAAAGGAGUAAAAAGAGGUGGCACUCAAGUUCCUGGAAGAUCUCUGCCUAUUCCCAUAAAAGAAAUGAGUAUUCCUCCCCUUUAUUAGCCUCUCCCUCUCUAUUUAUAAGGCUUCACCCGCUGAGAGUUGGCAAACUGAUCUGUGAGCAAGGCCCUCCAUUCUCUGGCCACUGAGUAAACCCACUCUCCUAUGGAGAACAUCAGUUUUUCUACGAGACGAGCCCCUGAACCUGAGUUCAGAAACAGGAGCGUGUCUUUUGGAUGUUCAGACACAGGGUAAAAGACAUCACAUAUUACAUGACACAUCUCCCUGUGUAUAGUACGUGGACAUAUGGUACUUGGGUCUCCAUUUUCACACUUAAACUAGACCCUACCUAUGGUAGGAGUGGACCUAAAACAAGAGGCUGCAGAUAUCAUAGAACACUAUCAACCAGAAAUUUUAGAAACUCAGAAUGGAAACAGACAACUUGAAGAUUUAAAGUGAAAGCUGACCAGAGAAACAGCUUUUAAGAAAAUCUUUGCCCCAUUAAUGGAGAUUAAAUUACAAGAUGCCUGAGAGAGAGAAACUCGGGGUCAACAGGAAAGAGCCAAGAGGACAAACGGGAAGUGAAGAAGAGGAUCAGAGAGUCAAUGAGAGAGAAUCUGGCUCUACACCUGUGUGAUAAAUGUUAAAUACAUAGGGAGAAAGCAUUUAUAAUAUAGAUUUGAAUCAGACCACAACAAUGUGAACAUGAGGCUAUUUAAUAGCACUGAAGCACAUACUCCAAACGGUUAAAAUAGAAGUUUCUGUAUAUUUUACCACAAUAAAAAUGAAUGAAUCAGGCACUGGGAUAGCAGCCCACAGUUUCCUGGCUUGAGCUCUGAAAGGCCAGAGGAAAUGACAGCCCCAAGCAAAGAGCACACCCAGCUCCCACCCCCAGGCUCAUCAAGAGGAGCCUAUGGCAACUUGCUGUGUCAUAAAAUAGGCAAGUGCUCCAGAGGACACAGAGCUGCCUUAAGGGGCUUCCAGGGAGGUAGGACGGUCAUCAGAAGACAUCAUGACCCAUUUGAUUUUUUAAUGGUCUAUGGUAAGAUUCAAAGAAGAAAAGGAAGAGGGUAAAGGAAGGAGCGCCAGGCAGUCCGGGCAGAGUGGGUGGUCACAGCUUUCAAUUCCUCAUGGGCAUGAUUCUGGCCAGAAUCCACGAUGGAUGCCCCAAUUGCCAGUGAAAGCCUCCUGGGAAUACACAUUAUUGCAGAUCCAAAGAACAAUCACAAAUUGUUUAUUGCAGAGGAAGGAAGGCAGUCACCCUAUCACCCAUCAGACCCUGCCUCUGGGACAAGCUUUCUGGAGGCUCCACUUGAAUCUAGUCAAAUCUCUGCCACAGCUGUCUAAAAACAAGCUGGUCACAUAUGUCAUUUCUGAAAAGUAAAAAAGAAGCAACUUUAAUUAAUUAUUUAACGCAAUAUACCCAAAGGCCACUUCUACAUGUAAUCAAUGUGAAUACAGUAGGAUAUUUUACAAACUGUAUCUUGUACUGAGUAUUCAAACUCCAAUACACAUUUCAUCUGCCCUGUAGCACAUCAUGCUCAUCACAUUUCAGUGUCUGCCAGCACUGUGUAGUGGAGGCCCAAGUACUGGGCGGGGCGGGGCAGCUGCAGCAGGCUGUUGGGAGCACUGUGGCUGACAUUCAUAGAGCCCACUCACACGUCGUCCAGCCCACACUGUGUGUCACCAGCAGUGUGAUGCCCUGACCUGGGGGAUUCCAGGAGACAAGCCCACCGCCUCACAGAAUCCACUCUCGAAAACCUUAAGCUGACCUUUCCAAGGAUGGUUUAAACUCCCCUUAUGAGAGGAACACAUGAUAACCCGCUGGCUCAUGAUGUAAGAAAAGACUCCCCCAGACUCAGAAUGGCCUUUAGACAGACACCCUCCCAGUCAGGCAGUCAUCUACUACACCCCAGCCUGCUCCCACCAUUUGACAUGCAGCUGCUGGAAUAAACCGCCUGAGCCUCAGACCUUGGCCAAGACUCGAUUGUCGUGAGUCUGCCAAAGGGAGAAGUUGCUCCUGGAGAAACUUAUCUAGAACCACUGAGAACCCUGAACAUGAAGGCAGCUGUACACCUACUUUGUUGUUCCUCUUUAAAAUGUCAAUUCCAUUUGAAAGAAAAGAAACAACACUGGGAAACUAUAUGCUGAAAGAUGUCACAACCAAGUGCAAUGCAUGAACCUUGACUGGGUCCUUGCUUUAAAAAAAAAAGAAAUCAACACAUUUAAAGACACACUUGGAGACGUCUGUAUAUCUGACUUGGGACCAGAUCGUUAAUGGUGCUAGAAAGUCAUGAGGCUCUUGUUAGACCAGGACGAAAGAAAAGACCACUGACUCCAAUUAAAAUCAAAUUAAAGCAAGCUUAUUAUUUCGACCAGCAGGGCUGCCUCUCCCUCCCAAAACCGCGGGAACAAGACAGCAGCAACCCCAGCUUUCCUGCAGCCCAGCUUUAUAGCCCAGAAAGUUACACAAAGGAGGGUUACAGAUAACAGAACUCUGACAAGCAUCACACUAAUGGUAGUUUACAUUUUUUUGCUGGCCCCAACAUCAGAAUUUAUGAGGACUAUUAGAGCCUCAGAGAGGGCUGUUAUCUGGUCAGAGAGCCAGGCAUUCCAAGCAGGUUCAGAAUUUGCAGUAAUUUAUAGUAAAGCCGAAAUUAUCUUUUCAUGGCUUUGUGGCGAGAUGGCUCCCAAUUUUAAGAAAAGAUCAGGUUGGGUCUAUCAGCUCUUAAGGACUGAGGACACAGGGAUACAGAUCAGUUGAUAGAGUGCUUGCCUCACGUGCACAAGACCCUGGCACCAUAAAAAAAAAAAAAAAUUAUGUGGCUCUUAGCCCUUUGGAGUUAUGGUUCUACCCUUAGGAGGGUGCGUACACAAAGAGUAAAGCAGAUGUUCAGACAAGAGGCCUGCUGGAGACCUCAAGAGGCACCCAGCCCACUGUGUGAGAGGAGCCAACACCUGGAGAGGGAAGAGUGGACAGGUUUGUGCCGCAGCUGGGAAGCAGAAGUGGCAAUUUGUCACAGCUCUCCUCAUCUGCUGGCUUGACCUCCUUGGGUCAGGAGGCCGUCUUACUUACUAUAUCCCUAGCAUCUGGCACAUGCUAAGCACCCCAAAAUGUGGUUGCUGCAUUUAAUUAAGCUACUAACCAGUGCUGAAAGUAAAGGCUGAAGGAUGGGACCUGGCUGAAAGGAAAGCGCUGUGUUGUUAUGUUGGUAAGUAGUUUAUUCUACAUCCUCGUGUCUAGCAUUCAUCUAUGAUGUAAGCUUUGCUGACUUCUAACGAGUACCUGAGGCCACAACAAUAGGACUGAACCAGGAGACAAUGAAAGUUGAGUUCUAUAGAAAAGCCAGAGCAGUUGCCACCUCAGCUUUACGCAAAUCCAUUUCUCAGAUUCCCACUGCAUCCUCCUCUGUGAGGAGUUGAUGUCCUCGUGGAGCAGACGUUCUGGUAGCCAGCUGCAGCACCUCUAGGAGAGGGCCGCGUGGGAAACAAGCUCCAAUGUGCAGGGUGGACAUUGUGUGGGCAGGGGUCCCGCCAGGGAAGGCCUCUGGUCAGAGGAGUCAUCAGAGCAGUCACCUGGAGGACAGGAGACAGUCCUGCAAAGAGCUGCGCAUCCUUGGUCUUUGUGAAUGUACCUUGAAAGAGGACAGGAAUAACAGCACACUCCCAAGACAUCCCCACAGAGCCCCGGCCCACUGAUAGGCUCCUUCUACUGGUCCUCUCUGGGCACAGAGCUUGAUUACUUACCUAAUCUACCUCCAGCCAGUUGGAAAGAGUGUCAAAAUACACUACUGGAGGAAAGUGGGCUAGAGUGGGAUGAGGCAUAUACAGUGGUCAUAAUAUGAAAUAAUUUCUGACAUAACUAAAACCAAACCUACACCAUAACAUGUAAAUGGUGUUAACUUGCUGAUUCAAAGGAAACUUUUUCAAAUAGUGUCACAAGGCAAAACCCAUCUCUGUGCUGUAUCCAAGAGACACGUCUGAAACUGAGUGAGAAAACUUAAGAUCUAACCACUGGCAAGUGCACACGCAAAAGCGACAGAAAUCAACAGUCAGUGUCUUUCCAUCAGGCCAGGUAGAUUCUAGGCCAGAAAACAUGAAACAGGACACUGGGAUACAUCUGUCUUCAAAGAGACCAAGUGGUAGGAAGCUAACACCAUGUCACAGCCAUUCUGCUAAGGCAAGGAUGAGCCGAGUCCCCUCUCUGUCCAUCCAGACUCUGUGCAGGGAUGGAGGGCCAGAGGGCCUUAGGAGCUCAGGAGGGCUCAUCUUAAAUGGAUGCAAACAGAGUCAAAUACAGAAGUAGUUAUAACCAAUAUUUGAUCAUGAAUAAAAUAAACCUAUGAAUUAAUAAAGUUAGUAAACAAAAAAGACUCUGUCACCUGGAAAUAUAAUGGCCUCUACUAAAACUCUUUUGGGAAAAAGAAAGUAUGUGAACCAAAAUUGCAGAGAUUUGUAAAUGAAAAUGAUAUCAUCAUUCAUCUGGAUAUAUGUGAGGCAACCAAAACAGUUCUUAAAGGAGAACACUUCUACCUUUUAAUUACAUCAAUUAAAAUAAAGGCCUAAAAAUAAGCAAAUUGAGUGUCUAGCACAAUGGGGUAGAAAAGAAACAAUUUUUUUGAAAAUUUUUUUAGUUGUAGAUAGACACAAUACCUUUAUUUUAUUUUUUAAUAUUUAUUUUUUUAGUUAUAGGUGGAUACAAUGUCUUUAUUUUAUUUUUAUGCGGUGCUGAGGAUGGA